CAGUGCGCUCGUGUUCGUCCUCCAAGCAACAGUAGUCGGUCGGAAUCCGCGUUUGGUCCGCGUAACGGAACGUCUCGAACCUCGGCCUUCCCCAAGGCUCUGCUGACCCGGGCUGGUUGCUCGACGCGAAUCGUCGUAUGUGUAGUGUUUCUCGUACGGAUAUGGACUCGGGGUAGCAAGAAUUGCUGCCGCUGGAUCAGCUGCUGUUUUUACCCUACCUUCCAGCCGCGUCACUGUGUCUAGCUGGUUACGGUGGAGUACGAAAAAAAACGGCACGGGAUCGGUACGGGGAAUCAACUCCAUCGAGUGGGCUCGUGGCCUGGCAGUUAUGCAAGCGCGUGACUUGAGCGUUUUGUGAAGGAAAGCUUGUCACUAACUCCUUACCUACGCCUAAAGGAUACCCAACCCGCUGAAAUGGUGACCAACAGUACUAACCGUAGUACGUCAGAGUGGUUUACUUUUUUCGGCUUUUGAACGGUCGAAGACGGAAAGAGGAAAAGUCUGAACGCCUCGAUAACCGUAGCCAACAGUUGGGCGAAAAGUUUGCAUAGUCCAAAUCAAUGCAUUCAAAUGAAAAAGAAAAACUUCAACGAACGAUCAAAACUUUACCCUGUACCCAUAAAAGGAUAACGUGAAGUGAAAUGAAUUCAAUACAGCUGCCGAAACAACCCACCCCAGAAGAAACGGACUGGGAGUAACUGAGCAGAGUGAAAAAGUGAAACCAAUCCCACAAUGAAGAGGAGAAAAUUAAUGAAUCGAGAAUUAUGAAAUCCAAUAAUAAUAAAUUAUGUGAAACAACCUGGCGCAAGGAAUCUAUUACAGUGAAUUUAUUCUCUCGCGGAGGGAGAAAAGUUCUUCAGGGAAAAACGAAAUAGUGAAAGAAAAGUGUGAAGAAAAAGUCGAAAUUACUGCACUGAGCCUCCCGGGGUGGUUGGUGUAAACCGACUAGAAUGCGGGUGGCCACAGCCACGGUGUUGGGUGAAGGUGACGUGCGAUGGGGCCGGUCGAAAGUAACCACCAGCGGCCACCGGUUGUUGUUCGGGCGUCUGAAAUUCCCAGUAGUGAAAAUAUGAGCGGCAAUAUUCUUCCCGGAGUAGGUGGACCAACGUUCCGGGAAAAGCAUUUGCACCCACGGCAAACUAGGCCCACUUCCGUAUCGUGCGCCAUACAACGCAGCUCGUCUUGGGCUGUAGGUCCCAGGACUUUCGUUGCCCUAUAAUUGAGUGCAAAUGCAAACUAGAGAUUUGAACUACGAGGAAAAUUGCAGCGAAUAAUUGCGCUACCUUGCAGUAAUAGUGGACUAGGAAGUAGUUAACGACUUGAGGCGAAAAGUGUAUAAAAAUGCUGAAACGGUGCAAAAUAAGAGAACUUACGAGGUCAUAAAGCAAUAACCGAUAGUGUGGAUAAAUUGUAUGCUACGAAUGAAUUUGUUCCCACCGAAAGUGAAGUAAAGGAAGAAUGUUGUGAAGAAGAAUUGCAUCCACAGCACCAUCAUAAGGGUUUCGUUCGACAGCUGGAGGCGUUGAGUAGGAGGAGUCUUCGCAAUUGAAAUCUUUGAAAUAUUAGAAAAAUUCUCGUUACCUAUAUUGCUUUUCGAAUAAUAAGCGAUCUUCCAUUUCUAUAUCGUAACCAGUGCAGCGUCAAUUAUACACGUAGAUAAUCUCAUCGUUUCUCUCAAAAAGCCAAUAUAAUACCAAACCAAUAUGUCACAGCGGUGACACAUGUCGAAGCAGAGUACUAGAAGCAGCACAACAGAAAGAGAGAACGCGAGUAACGGACCAGCGUGACAUCGGGCUGCGUGUACAAAAAUACUACGGGGAAGGUAGCAGCAGUUCAUAAACGAAACAAAAAUUAUCGACAGAGUAUAAAUACAGAACAGAACCACAAACACCAGGGGAAGGGUGCCGUAAAAUAAUUAGCACGCGGGGGAAUUGAGACAUGGGGCUGCAGGUGGCCUCGGGUGCCGCGUUACUGACAGCCAUCGCUAGCGUCCUGCUCCUAGCGCGGAUCCCGCAAUGUGCGCUGGCCUCACAUGGGAAUUUCUCCGACUUUCCCUUUAUUUAUCUGACACAUCCACCAGAGAUUAUCAGGAAACCAUCGAACCAGGGCGUCCGAGUCGGAGGUGUGGCGACGUUCUUCUGCGGUGCCAGAGGUGAUCCCCAGCCGAACAUUGUAUGGCGGAAAAAUGGAAAGAAAAUUAUGGGUACUCAAUCGCGCUACUCGGUGAUCGAAUCCAAUGGUGUGUCAAUGCUGCGUAUCGAACCGGUCCGUGCUGGCCGUGAUGAUGCACCGUACGAGUGUAUGGCAGAAAAUGGCGUCGGAGAUGCAGUUUCCGCUGAGGCGACUCUUACCGUCUACGAACCUGACAAAACGCCAGCGGGCUUCCCAGUCAUCACUCAGAGCCCUACGACGCGCGUAAUUGAAAUUGGCCAUACGGCCGUGAUGCAGUGCAAGGCAACCGGAGCGCCACCGCCGAAGAUCUACUGGAUCAAGGACAUGAAACGUGUCGACAUGACCAAUCCGCGCUACAGCAUCAACAGUGAAGGAAGUCUACAGAUUGAUAAUAGUGAAGAGAGUGACAUGGGUCGGUACGAGUGUGUUGCCGAAAACUCCGUUGGGACCGAGCAUACUAAGCAGACGAGUUUGUACGUAAAAGUGCGACGUGUUCCGCCAACCUUUUCCCGGCCACCGGAACCGAUAUACGAGGUUAUGUUGGGAGGUAACCUCACGCUGACCUGUGUAGCUGUUGGAUCCCCGAUGCCGUACGUCAAGUGGCGACAAGGAAUUGACCACGACCUGACCCCGGAGAAUGAUGUACCCGUUGGGCGUAACAUCCUGGAGCUGAGCGAUAUUAGACACAGUGCCAAUUACACCUGUGUCGCGUCCUCAACUCUCGGUGUAAUAGAGGCGACAACGCUGGUAAAGGUGCAAUCACUACCGGCAGCACCCACUGACGUAACGAUAUCGGAGGUAACCGCAACCCAAGUUCGACUGGAGUGGUCGUACAAGGGUCCGGAGGAUUUGCAGUACUAUGUUAUCCAGUAUAAACCGAAGAAUGCCAAUCAGGCGUUCAGUGAAAUCAGUGGCAUUAUUACCAUGUUCUACGUCGUACGGACGCUUAGUCCGUACACCGAGUAUGAGUUUUAUGUGAUCGCUGUGAACAAUAUCGGUAGAGGGCCACCCUCGCUGCCAGCCACGUGUACCACCGGAGAGACAGGUGAUUCUGCUUAUGGAGGUUCCAAAAUGGAAAGUGCACCGAGGAACAUUCAAGUGCGCCCGUUAAGUUCAUCGACAAUGGUUAUCACUUGGGAGCCACCUGAGACGCCUAAUGGACAAGUGACUGGCUACAAAGUGUACUACACGACCAAUCCCGGCCAGCCGGAAGCUUCCUGGGACUCACAGAUGGUGGACAACAGCGAGUUGACAACCAUCUCGGAGCUGACGCCGCACGCAAUCUACACAAUCCGGGUUCAGGCGUUCACUUCGAUGGGAGCCGGUCCAAUGUCCAACCCGGUGCAGGUCAAAACACAGCAAGGCGUUCCCUCCCAGCCGAGUAACUUCCGUGCUACCGAUAUUGGCGAAACAGCUGUCACUCUCCAGUGGUCCCGGCCGACUCACUCAGGCGAGAACAUCGUACACUACGAGCUAUACUGGAAUGACACCUAUGCAAACGAGCAGCAUCAUCAGCGCAUCCCUAAUACCGAAACCUACACGCUGAGCAGCCUCUACCCCGAUACUCUGUACUACUUCUGGCUGGCGGCACGCUCCCAACGGGGCGAGGGUGCCACAACUCCGCCGAUUCCGGUUCGCACAAAGCAAUACGUACCUGGUGCACCACCACGUAACAUAACUGUUGAAGCCAGCAGUCCGACGACGAUCAACGUGUCCUGGCUGCCACCCCCGGUGGAGCGCUCGAACGGGGCGAUUGUAUACUAUAAAGUGUUUUUUGUCGAGGACGGCCGCUCGGACAGCGAGGCGACAGUAACCACCCUCAAUUCCACCAGUCUCGUGCUGGACGAACUGAAACGUUGGACCGAGUACAAGAUCUGGGUGCUCGCCGGGACAACGGUUGGCGACGGGCCCCGCUCCUAUCCGGUCACUGUUAGAACCCACGAAGACGUGCCCGGAGAUCCACAAGAAGUGAAGGUCACACCAAUCAAUUCCACCACAAUACACGUAACCUGGAAGCCACCGAAGGAGAAGAACCGAAAUGGCAUCAUCCGUGGGUAUCAUAUUCACGUGCAGGAAAUGCGUGAUGAGGGCAAAGGACUGCUAAAUGAUCCAAUGAAGUUUGACGUCGUGGAUGCAUUGGAAUACAAUGUGACAGGGCUACAACCGGAUACCAAAUACUCGGUCCAGGUGGCAGCACUCACGCGAAAGGGCGAUGGUGAUCGCAGUGCUCAGAUCACGAUAAAAACCCCGGGAGGGGUACCGAUUCGACCGACAGUUAACUUGAAAAUAUUGGAACGUGAUCCAACUGUAUCGAUCGAGUUGGAGUGGGAACGACCGAAACAAACUUACGGGGAACUGCGGGGUUACAGAGUGAAAUGGGGAGUUCGUGAGCAACCAUUAAACGAGGAAAAUAUGUUAGGUCCGCAUACUCUGACUAAAAAAAUAAAUGAUUUAGAACGUGGAGUGGAGUAUGAGUUCAGAGUAGCGGGAAUGAAUCAUAUUGGAAUUGGCCAGGAGGCCGUAAAAUACUUACAGACACCUGAAGGUACACCAACAGGACCUCCAACGGAAAUAUCCGUACGGUUCCAGACUCCUGAUGUAGUCUGUAUAACCUGGCAGCAGCCAACAAGAGAACACAGGAACGGUCAAAUUACGAGGUAUGACGUUCAGUUUCAUAAAAAGAUCGAUCAUGGUUUGGGUACGGAACGGAACACGACAAUCAUGAAAGCUGUUUUCACGAAUCUGGAAGAAAGUACGGAAUAUGUCGUACGAGUUCGAGCAUACACUAAACAGGGAGCAGGACCAUUCAGUGAAAAGAAAAUUAUAUCUACUGAACGUGAUAUGGGAAGGGCUCCACUUUCAGUUCAAGCUGUUGCCACAUCAGAACAAACUGUAGAGGUUUGGUGGGAGCCAGUUCCGUCUCGUGGUAAGCUUGUAGGAUAUAAAAUAUUCUAUACCAUGACGGCAGUCGAGGAUCUAGACGAGUGGCAGACUAGGUUGGUUGGCGUUACCGAAUCUGCAGACCUGCUUAAUUUAGAAAAAUUUGCUCAAUACGCCAUAGCGAUUGCUGCCUUAUAUAAAAAUGGCCCUGGUAGAUUAAGCGAAAAGGUCACUGUGAAGGUCAAACCUGAAGAUGUUCCACUCAAUCUGAGGGCUCACGACGUGAGUACACAUUCCAUGACUUUGAAUUGGGCCCCUCCGAUCCGGCUGAAUCCUAUCAAUUACAAAAUUUCCUUCGACGCAGUGAAAGAAUUCGUGGACUCACAAGGUAUCCCACAGAAACAAAUCUUACCCAAACGGGAAAUUGUCCUUAAAAGUCACGUUACAUCGCAUACCAUUGGCGAGCUAUCUCCGUUUACCACUUAUUUUGUAAAUGUAAGUGCUAUUCCAACAGACUAUUCGUACAAACCUCCCACUAAAAUCACUGUCACUACGCAAAUGGCCGCUCCUCAGCCGAUGGUACAGCCUGAUUUCUACGGCGUCGUAAAUGGUGAAGAAAUUCAAGUUAUUCUACCGCAAGCAUCAGAAGAGUACGGUCCUAUUUCCCAUUACUAUCUUAUCGUGGUUCCGGAAGACAAAUCUAACCUUCAUAAACUACCGGAUCAGUUUUUAACCGAGGACCUUUUACCCAGCAAAACGCGUUCGAUUCUAACAAAUGCUCCUUACAUUGCUGCCAUGUUUUUACAACGAAACAUUCCGUACACGUUCCACCUUGGCUCUGGUGAAACAAACCACAAUUUUACCAAUCGGAAAUUGGAACGUGGCAAACGUUAUCGGAUCUUCGUGCGUGCAGUGGUCGACACUCCCCAAAAGCAUUUGUACACUUCGAGCCCAUUCUCGGAAUUCCUCGCACUGGACAUGAAGGAAGCUCCAACGGGUGAACCUCCACAUAGACCGAACCCAAACGUUCCUCAGGAUCCAGAAAUAUUGAUCCGAGGUAAGAACGAAGAACCCGGAAUGAUUUGGGUUGUCGGCCCUAUCAUCGCGGCCAUAGUGCUGUCGUCGUGUUUGGUCAUGGUGUACUUCAUACGUCGUCGAAGGCAACCAUACAAAACUCCGGAUCAGGCUGCCGUUACUCGACCUCUGAUGGCUGCAGAUUUAGGUGCUGGUCCCACUCCUACCGAUCCUGUCGAUAUGCGUCGACUAAACUUUCAAACACCUGGCAUGAUCAGUCACCCUCCAAUUCCUAUCUCGGAGCUCGCAAACCACGUGGAACGUUUGAAGUCUAACGAUAACCUCAAAUUCUCCCAAGAAUACGAAAGUAUUGAACCAGGUCAGCAGUUUACAUGGGAUCAUUCGAAUAUGGAGGUUAACAAACCGAAGAAUCGAUAUGCAAACGUAACUUCUUACGACCACAGUCGAGUCAUUCUACAGCCGAUCGAAGGAGUUCUAGGAUCCGAUUACAUCAACGCAAACUAUUGCGAUGGUUACAGAAAACACAACGCCUAUGUCGCUACCCAGGGACCUCUUCAAGAAACGUUCGGAGAUUUCUGGCGAAUGUGCUGGGAGCUCAAAUCAUCCACAAUCGUCAUGAUGACUCGAUUGGAGGAACGUUCGAGAAUCAAGUGUGACAUGUACUGGCCAGCACGAGGUACCGAGGUUUACGGUGUAAUGACAGUGACAAUCACAGAAACUCAGGAAUUAGCAACCUACAGUAUAAGAACCUUCCAAAUAUGUCGAAGCGGUAGUAACGAGAGACGGGAGAUGAAGCAAUUACAAUUUACGGCCUGGCCCGAUCAUGGCGUUCCGGAUCAUCCAGCUCCGUUCCUACAAUUUUUGAAACGUACAAAGGCUUUAACUCCUCCCGAUUCAGGACCAAUUAUUGUACACUGUUCAGCGGGUGUUGGAAGAACUGGUUGCUACAUCGUAAUUGAUUCGAUGCUCGAACGAAUGCGACACGAAAAGAUGAUCGAUAUCUACGGACACGUGACCUGUUUGCGAGCGCAACGUAACUACAUGGUUCAAACCGAGGAUCAGUACAUAUUCAUCCAUGACGCCCUACUGGAGGCGGUGAUCUGUGGCAGCACUGAGGUUCCCGCUAGAAGUUUACACAAUCACAUCCAAAAGCUGAUGCAGACCGAACCAGGAGAAAACAUUACUGGAAUGGAGAUGGAAUUCAAGAAACUAUCGAAUGUGAAAGCCGAUUCGACACGAUUUGUAACAGCGAAUUUGCCGUGCAAUAAACACAAGAAUCGCUUGGUACACAUCCUACCAUACGAGGCUUCCCGCGUUUGCCUGACACCGAUUCGUGGAGUCGAGGGAAGUGACUACAUCAAUGCCAGCUUUGUUGAUGGUUAUCGAUACCGGAAUGCUUACAUCGCAGCACAGGGGCCAUUACAGGAAACCGCUGAGGACUUUUGGCGGAUGUUGUGGGAACAUAACUCAACCAUCGUAGUAAUGUUAACCAAAUUAAAAGAAAUGGGCCGGGAAAAAUGCUUCCAAUACUGGCCACAUGAACGUUCAGUCCGGUACCAGUACUACGUGGUAGAUCCAAUCGCUGAAUACAACAUGCCACAGUACAAACUGCGCGAGUUCAAGGUAACUGAUGCACGCGAUGGAUCCUCCCGUACGGUUCGCCAGUUUCAGUUUAUAGACUGGCCAGAGCAAGGAGUGCCAAAGUCUGGUGAAGGCUUUAUUGAUUUUAUUGGUCAGGUUCACAAGACGAAGGAACAGUUUGGUCAAGAUGGCCCUAUAACGGUGCACUGUAGUGCCGGAGUUGGGCGGACGGGAGUGUUCAUCUCGCUUAGCAUAGUACUGGAGCGUAUGCAGUACGAGGGAGUGCUGGAUGUGUUCCAAACGGUGCGAAUACUGCGGUCGCAGCGCCCGGCAAUGGUACAAACAGAGGAUCAAUAUCAAUUCUGCUACCGAGCCGCACUCGAGUAUUUGGGAUCGUUUGAUCACUAUGCAAACUAAAUCAACACUGCUAAGACUAAGAAUAAAAGUGAAAACAAAAGCACCCGAUGCAAACAGUCACAGGAUGCACUAUAUGAUAGCACACCAAUACCUAAAUCGUGAAAAUUAUGGAACAAUCGCCAGUAGAUCAGUGACAACAUACCUGAUAAGUGAGAAAUUCAUUCCAACACCGAACUCAGCAGCAUCACCUCAUCGCAAAUCACUCCUGCGUACAGCAGGAAGGACAUCUUCAUUCUGUGUUUAAAUCAAAAAUUAAGAGGGUAGUAAGACUAGGCCUGAAAAUAACUCAUGUAUAAGAAUUUCACAUCAUACGCAUUCUUAGGCGUAUAGUGUUGUUCACCAUACUGGCAAUUCUAAACAGCUUUCUGGAGACUUUUGAUACGGUGAUUAACUCGAAUGUCACACAUUAUCAUUACACAUGAGCAGCUGGUAAAAGCAGAAAUGCAACUAGAUAAGGAAAGCAUCGCCCAUUUCAUUCUACCGACGCAUUCGUUCAAUCAAAAUUAGUAGCAUUAGAGUCUUACAAACUUUUCGGACGACAUCUAAUAUAUUUUAAAUUUAAAUAGAGCAAAAUUUGUCGUUUUACGAUCCAGAAACAUCAAUAGUUAGAAUGAAAUCUUUAGCAAAAAAAGAAUAUCAAAGACAUAGAAUCAGGUCUUUUAGAUAAAUGACAACCAAAAUGGAACAUUGUAAACAAAUUUUCAGGAUAAAAAGUUACUACUUAAUUAUGCAAAUAGUAAUAUAAAGCAGCAAAUUACAGAACAGCGGAAAAAAUGGCAGCACAGUGAUUGCACUUCUAAGGUCAUCUCAUAUUUGUAUGAACUUACAAAGAUACGCUUGACUUGAUUUACAGAAGACUGCCAAGCCGAAGCAGAUUGGAUGCGUAUGAAAGGCAAUCGUAAUCUAUUUUUUAUAACCAGAGAGCGAACGUAGCGACUGUUCUGUUGAAGAAGCAAAGUGAGUUAAUAUUCUUCAGACUGAUAUUGUAAAAGUAACACACUAACUGUAAAAAGUUUAUGAGAGCAGUACUUCGGUAGAGUUAUAUGUUAAGCAAAAAGUAAUUAAAGAAAACAAGAUCAGAUAUAUUAGACAAGUUGACCUGUUUGAAUGAUGUGCAAAAUAUAAAGCAAACCUUUAAAAGAAACUGCUUGAGAAAAUUAUAGGUGAAUUCAAAUGCCGUAGGAGAAAAAAAACUAUAUCACGAUGUAGACUUGUAAACAACUAGUUUUUAGGUUUGUACAGCAACAACGUAACUCAAAGUGUCGCGUCAAUAACUUUUCGGGUAUGCUUAUUAGCGGAAGGCGCACCGGAAAUGCAUCACAAUCAACCGUAUACAGCAUCAAUCAUUGGGCUUGUGUUUGAAAGUCGUCCUUCUAUUAGGCUCAUUUCGAAAUAACCAUACGUUAUUAUCCUACUAGGUUUUUCCGUGAAACUUUGAACGUGAUAAGUUAGGCAUAACUAUAGCGUAGAUGUAUUCCGUAACAUUGACAGAUUUAGCAGAUCACUGGGGAGAACAUGCUUGCUAUACUGUACCAUUUUUGGCAUGCAUUCAUGUUUUCUGUUGUGAAGCGUCAGAACAAUAAGCAGCUGACUUGAGCGUUUUUUGACGUUACGAGAGUGUUGAAAACCUAUCCGUCUGAGCGAAAGUAGGUUUUCAUUUAGUAUGUUGAAGCAUAUCAGAUGCGUAAAUGAGCAUCACAGGAAAAAUUUACAACAACGAGUACGACAGGUCUCUUAGGUUUAGCUAUUCUAACCUGUGUGGUAACGUUUGGGACAAACGGUUAAUUUAUGCGGGAAAGGAAAAAUAUCAAAAAGCCGUUUUAAUUUCUGGAGCAAAAAAAUAUUCAACGUCAAAUUUCUUUCUCGUUCAAGUUGACAUUUUUAAACACCUUUCCAAUUGAACCAUUUAUCUACUGAGAAUUUUCUUAAUUCCUGGGUAUUAUCGAAAUGUAACGCCAUUUCCGGAGAGAUAAUGGAUUCCUUAGAAUGUCCAAAUUUUUACAUUUAAGAAUGAUUCAUUUUCAUCUAUUGUUGAUACAACGGUUUUACUUAACUUGUUUUUUAUUAUGGUUGAAUUUCGAAAGUCCUACAAAUUGUCGAGCAUCCUUGAUUAUCAUUACAAAUAAUAUUAGAUAGUAUACAAUCAUCUCAAAUUGGAAUGAAAUGCUUAUUUCCAGGUCGAUUUAUCGUGACCAGCAUUUAAGUUCAAUGCAUAUCACAUUUAUUCACUUCAUGUCAUGUGACAGUCACGGAGAUAUUUGGUCGAGUAUUAACCGUGAUGUAAAGCAAACUCCCUAACAAAUUGCGGUAGGACGUGUUUCUAGAAAACUUACUUUCCAGCUUUUGCUUGAGGUACGCUGGGUUGAUCGGUACUUUCGACGGCUUUGCUUCAUCGUAUCCGAAUCGUCGUAUAACCUUUUCGAUGUUGCUGGUCUGAUCGAAAGCGUAAUUAUCGCCGAACUUUCAGACACGACGAACUAAAACGCAUUGAACUGGAAUGGAAAACAAUAAACUGUAUUAUAUAUUUUAACAUAUUAGUUUUAAAGUACGUUUGUCAACUGGUAUAUCUGACGAUUGUUUUUAAUAGGUGUCCUAUCGAAACGAUUUUAAUAUGUUGGUAGGCGCGGCGAUGAUGGUUUGAUAUCCCGUUGCGCGACGGGUAAGAUAUUAUCCUACGAAAGUCUGGUUGAGCGCAGGGAUGGUCUUCACGAGACCCACCCGACACUUAUGGGGCAUUAAUACCUAAAUCCAGCGGGAGCGGAACUAGCUUGUGCAUUGGCCGUUCGAUCCACGACGUUAGUGCCAGUGCGUACGAUACAUUACUGAUUCGGAAAGGAGGCCAUUUCUGGCAUGCCCCCAUGCAUUGUGGAUGUGUUCUCAUUUUUUAAACAGGACCAAUUGCCCUGAUUCUGGGUUGUGUUUUGUGGCUUGCCACUUUUUUCGAAAUUGUAGUGCGAUAAUAUCUCGUCAACUUAACCUGGCUAACGACCUAGAUGUGACACGAAUGUGAUUGGCAUUUGUUUCUGGCAGCAAGUUAAGUGGCUAAUUGAUAAUGGAAUGCUCCAGAGUGAGGGCUUUGCAGAAAUCAAUCGCACCAAUGCGGUCGGAAGUUCCUCGUACAUCAGUGUUGUAUUUUUGUGUAUCGCUGGGGGUUACUGACAGUUACUGAUCUACAGCAUGAUUGAGUUCUGGUGAUUGAAGUAGUUUUCGGAUGAUCCGUAUCCACGAAAUUGGCUAAAAAAAUAGUCAGCCCUUUAUUUGUUGGCGAGUUGGAGUCGUUCAGACUGCAAGCAGACUUCCCAUUACCAUUUUUCCUUCCAUUCGACAGCAGUGCGUCCAACCCGCUAUACAACCACGUACCACCGUUUGGCAGCCAACUAUCCAAAAUCUCUGCUUCAGCGUUCCGAUCAUCAAAGUCAACACGCUGGGUGUCAAUUUCUAAAAUGCACUUCUAACAGAAGCAAGUUAGUAUAGUAGUGCUCUUUGCGUUCAAUUACUGAAUAGGGAGCAUCGUAUGGUUGGCUAGAAUUUCGGAGGCGAACAACAAAUGGCCGAGUGCCAUCAGGAUAAAUUAAUGGAAAUAUAAGGUCUUUGGGAAGAGAAGUUUUUGGUCACACAAGUGGUAUCGUUUUGACAAUGCAAGCUGUAACCACUGAAUUUACUGAUCGUUUGUCUGCACUUCCAGAGAGAUAGUAUGAUCUCUGCUACCACAUUGGACGUAUCAAUAGUUUCAAAAGUUCUUAUUUCUUGGAAGAUAUUCCAACCUGCUAUUUUUUUAUGUCAGCGCCAAAGUUCAUCUUGUAGGUACGCCAACGGUAGAAUGCGUUAAAGAGCAGCUUGAAACAGCCCACAAGUACUAGAAGUCAUGAGCUCUUCCUAGUAUGUUUUAAUUCUGGAUCGAUACUUAAUUUUUCUGCAUUGUUUUACAUCGCCAGAUGGCAGCAGUAGGUGAUUCAGCCGGGGUCGGUUUGGUUCGGUUCAUAAGGUAAGAAAGCCAGCUUUGUGUCGGAACAAGAUGCAUUAAAAAGACUCAGCAGCCCGAAGUUCGUGCAAGGUGAGCUGCUUGGUUUUAGGCAAACUCUUCACCCACCCCCAGAAUUAUCGGGGCACCCUGGCUUAUUGUUGUCGAUAAAUCGAGUGCCAUAUGACCUUUGUUACAAUUCGAUGCGUUGAAAUGGCAACAAACCUGAUAAUCGAAGAUGAAAUUCUGCACGGUAGGAAAACCUUAACCGUCGUGCAACUUGCUCGACUAACAAAAGAUUGAUCUUACCUCAUUUGAUCUAGAUAGGAUCGAUCAAGUAUUGAAGUCAAACUGAUGACUCGGUCGAUCCGGACCAGAUAGUUUAAGAUUGAGGCUUUUCCACAAUAAUUAUAUGGUCGUCAAAUUACGAUGAAAUUUGCAGCGUGACUACUUCAGUUGUAUUGCUGGGUUUCCCAUUAGUGAUAUCGCUUACAUGAAUGUUGGUGUUGACCUUUGCAGACCAAGAUUCAUGACAUACGCUACUACACUGCCCAUAAUCGUAAGUCAGUCCCACGUAGAUAAGGAAUCCCAUAGAACAUGGGACUGACUUGCGAUUAUGGACAGUACAGGAUCCGCUUGUUUAAUCUCAUCUACCAUGAUUAAUUGUUGAUUCUCCGCAGCUUCACGCAGUCUUCACGGAGUUGACCGAACAGAGCUCUGACCACUUGAGUGAGCAGUGGAUGAUGUUUGUAUUUGCCCUGUUUGCACACUAUUGCAGAUGUGAAGUUCCUGAAAACGCAGGUCAGGCCAAUGAAGCAUAUAUUGGCUUGCUGAAAAAAUUCGCAACGUUCAUUGUCCGACAUUCUUUUGAAACUGGAUUACUGAUAUACAACUAAGCUUUGUGGACACUGCAAUUUUUACUAUCUUCUAUUAAAUUAAGUUAUUUUGGUAUCUCUAAUGGAAAUACCGAAAUAAAUCCGGCUACCUUCAAGAUCAGCUGAAUCGGACAAGAUCAAAAACAAUAUGGCUUAACUUCAUAAUUGCGCGGGCUAAUGCAAUCGUAGUUUAAAAAGAAAUACUAAAUGGAACCAACAUCUAUGCUCAAACUUAAGCGUUACCACAAAGGGAAAAAAAAGAAACAGGUCGCUAAAUUUAAAAAAAAACUAUACGACAAAAUCAGCUCCUACAAAAUACACACGCCACAAAGUAAGUUAUUUUCUACAAACAAAAUCGAAUAGUAAACUUGAGUACAUCACCAGUAUCACACGCCCCCUUAUGUGUCAACGCUAUUAAUUAUCAUUAGUGAAUAAUAGGUUUGUAUUGGAAUACGUAGUUAAGUACCUAUAUGACAAAGAAGCAGCAGAAAUAUUCGAAAUACACGUAGCAACGGUAGUGGCAAGCUAUUAACUCUUAAGUAAUAUUAUAUAUUGAGUGGGAUUUUAAUUUUAGACGUAUAAAUUUUUCUACCGAAACGUGAGUGCGAAAAAAACUUGAAUUAUGUGUACCUAUCGAUAUUGACACCCGUCGUCGCAACCGACCGCGCAAAGUUUCCUCCUACCGUCUACUGUUUUUGCUUUCACCCUUAAGAAUGAGUUAGAUUGUUAAGCUUAUUGGUUUUAAGAUAAAAAAUUGUUAACUAGCGCAGCUACGAACGAACUAAACGAAACAAAACGAGGCCAUACAGUUUAUAAAACGGGAUAUUUUUAAUUACUUUUAUUUACUUUUAAUACUGUUAAUGUGAAGAUUUCAACAUUUGUUCAAUUUACCUUGGAUUGUUCGAACAACGAUCAUACAGAUAACUCAUUCAAUCGGUAUUAAGUUUGAUCAUUCCAUUCGACGUUUUGAUCCCAUUUAUUUAUAUCGAUAAGUGCCCAGAGUGCUAUUUUUCACAACUAUUAAAAUACGAUCUUCCCAGGUGUUAAACUUUUUCUCUCAUUUCCGAAAAGCUUGCCUGCGAAGUGCAACUUGACGAUAUUACUCCAAUAGACUAAUGAUUAUACCUUUACGUUUUAAGCAAUACGUUAGUUUCGAAAUAUAUAAUAGAUAUACGUUGGUCAGAAUAGUUAUCGUUUGGUUCUCACAGAAACAAACACACACUACUACAAGCAAAGGAAUUUCAAUCCACCUGUACAGAAAAACAGCACCAUCUUCGUAACGGUUACAAAAACCAUGUAACAGUGAAUAGAGUGAAAAUGUUACACAAUUGUUUGUCAUACCAACUAAACCGGCAAGCCGACAUACAAUUUGUUAAGUAUUGAGGGAACACAGAAAAUGAAAAGAUGUUAUUUUUGCGGGCAAACAAACACAGUUGUAGGAAGGAGUGAACAGGACAUAUUUUUGUAUGGAUGCGACCGGAGGUAUACCAGCUUAGCGACGGACAUCGCUAGACAAACUCAAAAGGAAGCCGGUAAUCUAAGAAAUGUGAAUAGUUGAGAGACAGUGCAAUAUGAGAGAUUUUGGCCAAUGUGGAGUUAAGCUGUGCGUAAAAUUGAACAUGUGUAUUGCCAGAUGAGCAUUGAAUGAUAAGAGAAUCUAUGGGGAUACUUGAAGUCAGGUGUUUUAAUUUUGGCAGAGAAUAAAACGAACAAAGUUGAAGGGAAAUUGAUGCAUUGUCGAGAUAAUUAGGUUAUACGAAUAAUAAAAAUAUUAAAUUAAAA